CAAAAUCCCAGCUUCAAAAGGAGCAUGCACCUAUCUAUCUAUCUUUGACUGCAAUGAUUUUCCAUUUCCAGUGAUCUUUGUAUCAAUUCUGCACCUUUCUAGAAAUAGCUUCCAUAAGGGUGUGAGAUACGAUGGUGGGUGGUGUAUCUGUUGUGGUGGAGUCGCACGGUUGCCCAUGUUUGUGCGUGGAAGCUCUGAGCAACACCACCACUGUCAGUGUAUUCUGCAAUAGUCUGAGUCUCACUCUCAAGAGGAGACACUUGCAGAGACGAGCAACCAUGAAACUCACUACUUCCUUCCUUCAGAAUCACAGUGUUAACACAAGUUUGAAGAAGCAGAACAGGCACAAGAAGAAGACCAAAACACUCACUAUUGUCAACGAGCUCGGUGGCCAAUAUGAAGACACUUUUCAUGAUGUUAAAAAGCAAAUACUCAAUUAUUUCACAUACAAGGCUGCGAGGACUGUUCUUCAGCAGUUGUAUGAGAUGAAUCCACCUCAAUAUACAUGGUUCUAUAAUUUCGUUGCAACAAACGAUCCAGCUGAUAGGAAACAUUUCAUACGAUCCCUGGGGAAGGAGCAACGUGAACUUGCUGAAAGAGUGAUGAUAACGCGGCUUCACCUUUAUGGCAAAUGGAUCAAGAAAUGUAAUCACUCUGAGAUAUAUCAAGAAAUACAUGAUGAAAACUUGGAGUUGAUGAGGGAAAGGCUCAUGGAAACUGUAAUAUGGCCUUCGGAUGACUCAAACACAUGAAAAAUCAAUGAAGUUAGCAUGCUUGAUAUUUUUUUCUUUUUUCUCUUCAGUCUUUUAAUUUUACCUUUUCCGAAUCUAGGUGUAAUUUUGGUUUCAGAGGCAAUAUUUGUCUCAGAAAUUCAUUUUUUGUCUUCUUCUCUUAGUAUAAUGCAUUCUGUAAAUACCUUGAAACGAAGAAUUUACAAGAGGGCUGAAAAUUUGUACACAUUUCUCGUUAGAAUGUAACCACAAUCACUUAUAAUUAAAAGUCAUAUUUAUGUAA